AUGUCUAGCGACGCUCCCAACGACCCCGAAGCUCUUGCUCAUGUCGACAAGUUCUGGGAGGACCGCAAGCCAAGCAGCCCGAUCUACCAGUUUCUUCUUUCUGAUCUCAAACUGACUUAUGCGGCUAAGGGUGUCGUGCGUGCACGGCUGCCCUUGACCAGCAACCACGUCAAUACCCAUGGCAGUAUACACGGUUCAGUGUCAGCUACCAUCGUAGAUGCUUUUGGAGGAUUGGCAAUCGCGUGCUGGGACAACCGCUCAAAGACCGGCGUCAGUACUGACAUCCACGUUUCGUAUCUUAGUGGAGCAAAGGAUGGCGAUACUAUAGAAAUUGAGGGCAGGGCUAGCAAAGUCGGCGGCACCCUUGCCUUUACCAGCGUGACCAUCUGGAAGCUAGUUGACGGCAAGCCUGGCCCAGUUGUUGCCACGGGCUCCCAUACCAAGUUUAUUAAAGUCUAA